AUGACUGUUUUACACCUGGAUAAAAGCACAAAUACUCAAGAUGUGGAUGAAAGCAGUAAUUACGAUGCACAAACGGACCUGGGUACUACCGCUAAUAUGGAUUUGGUCAAACAAGAAGAAGCAGUUAAGCCGAGACCGAUUACCAUAGCAGAAAGCAAAGAUCUAGUUUGUAUCGAUAUAGAAAAUAGUAUAGAGCCUCCUACAGAAAAAAAUGAAGACGGAGAAUCUGGAAAAUUUAACGAUGUAACCGCAUUUAAACUCAACAUAAUAAACCAAAGAGCUGCGAAUAGAAAAUAUACAGUAAUGGGCAUGUAUAAUUAUGUUUUCGGGGCGAGACCACCAGAUCAAAAUCAACCGAGGCUAUCAAGGCAGUUGUGGCGUCAGGAAGCUCCCCCUCCUCAACCACAGCACACGGUAUGGACUCAGUACGGGCCUUACCCAGGUCAUCCUCCACCAUAUCCUGGGUAUGGUGGUGAUGGUGGUUAUCAGGGUGCAUACGGCUAUGAUGGUGGAGGACCACUUUUAUAUGAUCCUCUUGCAAGAAACUCCUUCGUGCAGCUCGUCAUGUUCAUAGUACUUGUGAUGUUGCUUUCUACUUCUGCUGUUUUGGUUGUCGUUCUUACAGUGCCUGAAGUAAAAGAAUUUUUUCGAACUUCCGGAUGGCUUUUAAUGUUUCUAGCUGCAAUGCUCCUAAUUACAGUUAAUUGUACUAUGAUAUGUACUCCGUGCGCCAGGCGUCCACCGUGCAACAUUAUUUGUCUUAUGUUUACAACCAUGGCGAUGAGCAUAAUUGCUGCAAAAGUAACAUCUCACUACAAAACUGAUGUCAUACUAUACGCAUUUAUUGCUACAUCGGCAGUGACGUUUAUAUGUGUUGUUCUUGCGUAUUCUAAUUUCGAUUUCACGAGCUACGUGUAUACAUUAUUGGUAUAUCUCUUGGAUUUACUAUCGUCGUCUGUAUUGUUUCGAUAG